AUGUAUAACAUUUCGUACUUUAUUGCCUAUCCUGACUUUCAAUGCUUCAAUCAAGAAUAGCAAGCCUGGGUUUAAUGCUCCAGAGAGUAGGCAUGUAAUAUGAGCAAGUAAUAAUGGAAAGCUAUUCUUAAAAAUGGCAUUUACAACUGGAUUGAAGAGUUAGAUUUAUAUUGCAGUCCUAAAUUUCAAAUAUCACUUUUAGGAAGUUUAUUCUUUGCCGGACUGAUAAUAUCUAUGGCUUUUUUAGUACCCUUUGCUGAUGUUUAUGGGAGAAAGCCCUUCAUUAUAUUUGAUGCAAUAGGUUCUACUCUAGUAUAACUUGGGUUUUUAAUUUUCUAAGAUUUGACCAUCUAUUAUAUCUUGAUGUUUGUAUUGGGCGCCCUUGCAGCUAUUAAUAUCGGUAUUUGUUUUGCUUACAAUAUAGAGAUUGUAGAGAAAAAGCAUGAAGUAUUGGUAAUCUCUUUAAACUCAUUGGGAAUGGGAUUAGCAGGUUUAUUUGUGCCUCUGUACUUUAUUUUUAUUGGCAAAACUUGGCAACCAAUAAUAUAUGCAGCAACUUUAGCAAGCAUGAUUUCAACUCUGAUGGUUUUUAAUAUAAAAGAAUCACCUCGAUUUCUUUCUGCUAAAUUAAAGAAUUUUGAGGCUAUGCAAGCUAUAACUGAAAUAGCUAGAUUUAAUAACAAAGAUUUAAAAGAAAGCCAGAUUCUCUAAGAAAUUUCUGACUAUUUGACCCCUAAGUUAUAAGAAAAAUUACCCCUUAAAGAAAAAAUACACUAUCCAAACUAUAUUAGGAACAUAAUUAUUAUGGCCUUUAUAUGGACUGUCUCUUCGUUUAACUUUUGUUUAAUGAAUUUCUAUAUGUCUAAUAUGCAGGGUGAUAUAAACAUGAACAACUUACAGCAAUCUAUUGGAUUGCUGAUUUCUUACGUAGUCUCUGCUCCAAUUAUAAACAAACUGGGUAUUAAAGCUUCAGCUAGUUUGUUCUUCUUUUUGUGCUGUUUAGCAGCUGUUCUCUAUUCAUGUGUUGAAGAAAAAUCCAAGAUGUUUAUUUCAGCGAUUGUAUUCAUUGGUAGAUUUGGAAUUUGCCCUACUUACACUCUUGCUUAUAUGUGCUCAAAUGCAUUAUUUCCUCCUGAAAUAUAAUCGACUUCAAUUGCGAUUUGCAAUAUAGUUGCUAGAUCAAUUAAUUUAACGGCUCCAUUUGUUGCAGUGCUGUCUGAUCCUUUGCCAUUUCAUGCAUUUGGCAUUCUUUCAGUAUUUUGCUGGAUAGCAAUCAUGGCACUAGAUUUAGAAUCAAAGAAUGAAAAAGAAAACUUGACUACAGUUCCACAAAAAGAUACAGAAAUUCAGACUUGA